AUGGACGAGCUUUCCUAUGACCGAGGGAAGUUAGAAGAGGAGUUCCAGCGACUGUUUCAAGGAUUAACAACUGAGCAACGUGGAAUUUACAAUGAAAUUAUGUCAGCUGUAUCACGAGGAAAAGGAGGGGUGUUCUUUGUAUAUGGAUACGGAGGAACAGGUAAGACGUAUCUUUGGAGAUUGUUGUGUGCCUCAUUAAGGCGUAAAGGAGAUAUCGUUUUGCCAGUUGCAUCAAGCGGAAUAGCUUCUUUAUUGCUUCCGCGAGGAAGAACUGCUCAUUCCAGGUUUGGACUUCCGUUAAAUGUUGCUGAGAACUCAACAUGUGUUGGCAUUAAGCCAGGCUCGGACUUAACCGAACUCCUUAUGAAGACAAAGUUAAUCAUAUGGGAUGAAGCUCCGAUGAUGCAUAAAUACUGCUUUGAAGCUCUAGAUAGGAGUUUAAAGGAUGUUAUGCAGUCUACAAAUAUUCCCGUGGUGCCUAAAGGAAGCAGACAAGACAUUGUCUUCUCGGCAAUAAAUAGUUCUUACUUAUGGGACUUUUGCCGAGUACUUAGGCUGACAAAGAACAUGCGCCUCACAACAGGUUCAAGUAAUUCAAAUGUUGAUGAAAUUAGAGAAUUUUCAGAAUGGAUACUCAAUGUUGGAGAUGGCAAAGUCGGAGAUCCAAAUGAUGGUGAGGCCGAUAUUAAAAACCCCAUGAAAUGUGAAGAAAGAGCUUACUUGAGUUCAGAUGCAAUUUCAGUGGAGGAAGGAAAUUUUGGAAUUCAUGAGAUGUAUUCAACAGAGUUCCUAAAUACAAUAAAAUGCGGAGGAUUACCAAACCAUAGUAUACGACUGAAGGUUGGAGCACCAGUGAUGCUCCUAAGGAAUAUUGAUCAAAGUUCUGGGCUAUGUAAUGGCACAAGAUUGGUCGUUAAGCACUUAGGCGAUCGUAUUAUAGAGGCUAUUGUGGUAUCUGGUAGUAAUUUGGGCAAUAAGGUCUUCAUUCCACGAAUGACGCUUACUCCGUCAGACUCAACAAAAUUUCCCAUCAAGUUCCAACGGAGACAAUUCCCUUUGGUUGUGUGCUUUGCAAUGACAAUCAAUAAAAGUCAAGGACAAUCACUUUCGCAUGUUGGCCUAUAUCUUCAUCGGUCUGUUUUCAGCCACAGACAAUUUUAUGUGGCCGUAUCAAGAGUUACUAGCAAGAAGGGUUUGAAAAUUUUAAUAGUUGAUAAAGAACGUGGAACAUCAAAUGUUACCACGAACGUAGUGUACAAAGAAGUAUUUCAGAAUGUUGGUUAAAUACUCUUAUUAUUAAUGUUACUCAAUAAUUAAUUUUUAUUUUCA